AUGCCCGGACAAACCGCUUUUGUCGAUCCUUCAGAAAUAACAAACAAUGAUGAAGAUUUCAAAGGGUUGGCAAGUUAUGAUUACUAUCCGAGUAAGGACAAUUAUGACUACGAUCCAAGUAACAAAAACUAUGAAUAUUAUAACCAAGAUGAUAAUGACGAUGAUGACUAUGAGUACGAAUAUUCAAACACUGACUUUUCUGGUGAGAAAAAACAUUAUAAUAGUGACAACGAUAGCGACGAUUAUGAGGAACACGAAUACCCAAACGCUGACACUGACUCCGAUGAAGAAGAGAUCAAUAAUAAUGAUAACGGUAGUGACGAUUAUGAAGAACAUGAAUACUCAAACGCAGACUCUUCAGAUGGGGAAAAAAUGAAUAAUAAUGAUGACGAUGCUGACGACGAUUAUGAAAACGAACACUCAAACAUUGAAUCUUCGGAAGACAAGAAUGACUAUUCAAAUGAUGAUUUUUCCAAUGAAAAAGUAGAAAACAGUUAUGAAUACAUCAGUAAUGUUGAGUCUCCAAACGAGAGUAAGGAAACUAUAUCUUCUAGCGAGGAUGAGUCUAAUGAGGAUGCCGACAAUAGCGACGUAGGUGACAUGAUUCAACAAAUAAUCGGUGAAAUGGAAGGCAUCACAACUAUGCUUGCUCGCCAUAAAAAUGAAGAUGACGGUGAAAAACUGAAUCGUUAUUUUGUUCCUAUAACUAAAAUAUUGCAAUCUGUCGUCGUAGCAUCGGACGAUGACACGCAGAGCCAUGAAAAUAAAGUCGGAGAACUAGAGCAGAUUCACGACUCAGCCGAGUCGUUGCUACGUGUUGUGGAAAGCCAAAUGGGCACUAAAACUAAAACUUCUGAUGAAACUUUAAAUGUCUUUUAG